UGGGUUUAGGGAUAAUCUUAUCUUAUAAAUAAAAUAAUUAAAACAGAGAAACCCAAAAUAAAUAAAAAAACUACGACCUCUCCUUUCCUUUCAUUCCUCUGCCGCGCCGUUUACUGUUCACAGGAAAAAAGAGCUGGACAGUUGGUCGAUCAGACGGACACGGUUACUGCUCCGGCGGCCGCUUUCUGGAAAAUAUUUGAACUGUUUUUGUUGAUUUCAGUUUAACGAUAUUCUUACUGUUGGAUCAGUGAUGAUUGACGCUCAACUUGAUAAGGAGGACCACAGUUCGAUCACCCGCAACUGCGAUCGGGAGGGGCUGGAACCGGGACUGACCCUGGACCAAUUAACUAUUAUUAACUAUAGCCCUUUUGUUAGCUUAUUGAUGAUAAUUUGCUUACAUUGCAGAUGGAGGAUACUGAGGGUAGGCUUGCUCAGGAACUGUAUGCUGAAAGUUUACAAUUCUCAAAAUUGGAAUUGAGUUCAAAUCAUGCUGAUGACGAGCACCAAGAUAAGUUAAAGGCUUGUGAUGAUGGUGAUAAUUCGAACCUUGAUGAUUCUCCGUGGUAUGAUUCUGAUGACGAGUUACAUACGGAGUGGCAGAAGAGGCGUGACGAGAUUAUGACUAACGAGUUCCAUACGAUUGGGUAUCGGGAAGGUCUUAUGGCAGCGAAAGAAACUUCUGCACAAGAGGGAUUCAAUAUCGGUUUUAAACAAUCAGUCCACGCUGGUUAUCGCUGGGGUGUUGUAAGAGGUGUAGCCAGUGCUUUUGCUCAUCUUCCAGACCAGUUAAAAGAGAAGUUGGUUGAAAAACUAGAGAAGAGAAAUGAAUUUCAAGGGCUGUAUCAUUCAGUGCAAUCUUUGACGACAACAGAUUCCCUUAAGUUGUUUCAUGAAGACAUCAUAGCACAAGAAGCUUCGGAACAAAAUGUACACGUAGAUGUUAGCUGCAACACAGUAAGUUUGCAGGAGAAAACUUCACACAACUCUCCUCUGGUAAAGUAUCGUGAACAACUUGAAUCUCUGAUUAGUGAUUCUCCUGCCAUUGACAGUCAUUUACCUGAACCCAAGUAAAUGGUUAUACCUUGUAUGUAAAACACUUUAGCCUAGAAUGGUAAUGGCUUCUUGUGGAAAAAAUAUCUUCUAUUUACAUGAUUGUAAAAACUUUUAAGUUGCUGUAAUUGAGCUCCAUUCAAAUACUCUUUUUUGGUAAUGAAAGUCGGACUUUUUAUACAAACAAGUGUUUCUCUUA